AUGUACAUGACACUUAUCGCAACAGAUAAUGCUAUUGUUCAAUUUAUAAAACAACAAAACUCGACGUUCGAAUCCGGUGACAUUAUAGGAGUUCUCACUCUUGAUGACCCUAGUCAGUUCGUCACGCGUUGCCUUUUGAAUAGUCAUUAUGGAGAUGAUGGUUAUGAUUACCGAACCCCAAGUUAUGAUUCUCUCAAAGCAUUAAUUGAUACGCGAGUUGCUGUUUUCGUAGUUCUUCCGAAUUUCUUUUAUCAUCAUGAUAGUUGGGUUGGGCUUGCCGCAUUAGAAGCGUUGAAUACCACACAGAUCAAUAGUGCUACGACUUAUAGUCCAACUGGUUCGGGUAUGAGACGUUCAUCUUCAAUAUCAGAUUUAAGUUAUUUGGUUCCGAAAACCAAGAAUGAACCAUUUUGUGUUGGCGCCAUGAUUUCCUGCACUUUGAAUGAAGAAAUAGAAAGAAAUAUACCACGAAUUUUAAAACUUUUUCCAAAAAUACAAACUGUCAAAGGAUGGAAAUCUCAGGAUCCAUUAGAUAGAAACAAUAUAAAUAAUGUUUUGAACAUCGCUUUAAGGCUGGAAGAUGAUGCUAUAGAGGAUGAAGCUUUGAAAAAACAACACAAACCCCUUAUACAACGACAUUCUUAUGAAUUACGUGAACAUGGGAUACGAAGAAUUACUAUU